AUGCAACCUUUGGUCAUGCAGGGAUGCCCUUACACCCUCCCACGAUGUCAUGAGUGGCGUGCUGCUGACAGGUUUCAUCACAGCCGCAGCCUCAGAAACAGCUGUCCCCAGCCUCAGGUUAGAGCUGCAGUCACCAUCCCUGCACCUCCUUGGGAUGGUGCCGGGAAUCCCUGCCUAAGUCCAAAGCUCUUGAAUGGAUCUGUUGGAGCCAUUGGCCCCCUGGAACCAUCAGCCAUGAAUCUGUGUUGGAAUGAAAUAAAAAAGAAGUCUCAUAACCUGCGCGCUCGCCUCGAGGCCUUCUCAGACCACAGUGGAAAACUUCAGCUCCCGCUCCAAGAGAUUAUUGACUGGCUCAGCCAAAAGGAUGAGGAGUUGUCAGCUCAACUGCCCCUGCAAGGGGAUGUGGCCCUGGUACAACAGGAGAAGGAGACGCAUGCGGCCUUUAUGGAGGAAGUCAAGUCUAAAGGUCCCUAUAUCUACUCCGUGCUGGAAUCCGCUCAGGCUUUCCUGACCCAGCACCCGUUUGAGGAAUUAGAGGAGCCUCAUUCUGAGAGCAAAGAUACCUCCCCCAGACAACGAAUUCAGAAUCUUAGCCGCUUUGUGUGGAAGCAGGCAACAGUGGCCAGCGAGCUGUGGGAGAAGCUGACAGCCCGCUGUGUGGAUCAGCAUCGCCACAUUGAGCAUACUCUGGAACAUCUCUUGGAGAUCCAAGGGACAAUGGAGGAACUGAGCAGUACUCUGACCCAAGCAGAGGGAGUCCGAGCCACUUGGGAGCCCAUUGGGGAUCUCUUCAUUGAUUCCCUCCCAGAGCAUAUCCAAGCCAUCAAGCUCUUCAAAGAAGAAUUCUCUCCUGUGAAAGAUGGAGUGAAGUUAGUGAAUGAUCUGGCCCACCAACUUGCCAUUUCUGAUGUACACUUGUCAAUGGAGAAUUCAAGGGCUCUGGAACAGAUCAACAUCCGGUGGAAACAGCUCCAGGCAUCAGUUGGUGAGAGGCUUAAGCAGCUCCAGGAUGCCCACCGGGACUUUGGGCCUGGGUCACAGCACUUCCUCUCCACUUCUGUCCAGGUUCCCUGGGAACGAGCAAUUUCUCCCAAUAAAGUUCCCUACUACAUCAACCACCAGGCUCAGACCACAUGCUGGGACCACCCCAAGAUGACUGAGUUAUACCAAACCCUAGCUGAUCUGAACAACAUUAAGUUCUCAGCUUAUCGGACUGCCAUGAAGCUCCGCAGAGUCCAGAAGGCCCUGCGCCUGGAUCUGGUAACUUUGACUACGGCUCUGGAGAUCUUCAAUGAGCACGACCUGCAGGCCAGUGAACAUGUGAUGGAUGUGGUGGAGGUCAUUCACUGCCUGACUGCCUUGUAUGAACGACUGGAAGAGGAAAGAGGCAUCCUGGUCAAUGUGCCACUGUGUGUAGACAUGAGCCUCAACUGGCUCCUCAAUGUUUUUGAUAGUGGUCGCAGUGGAAAGAUGCGAGCAUUGUCCUUUAAGACUGGCAUCGCCUGCCUGUGUGGCACCGAAGUGAAAGAAAAACUUCAGUACCUCUUCAGCCAAGUGGCCAAUUCCGGCAGCCAGUGUGACCAACGGCAUCUGGGUGCCCUGCUUCAUGAAGCCAUUCAAGUGCCCCGUCAAUUGGGGGAAGUGGCAGCAUUUGGGGGCAGCAAUGUGGAGCCCAGUGUCCGCAGUUGCUUUCGUUUUAGCACUGGCAAGGCAGUCAUUGAAGCGUCCCAGUUCCUAGAGUGGGUCAACUUGGAGCCCCAGUCUAUGGUGUGGCUGGCCGUUCUGCAUCGGGUCACCAUUGCUGAGCAAGUAAAGCAUCAGACCAAGUGCUCUAUCUGCAGGCAGUGCCCCAUCAAGGGGUUCAGGUACCGGAGUCUGAAACAGUUUAACGUGGAUAUCUGCCAGACCUGCUUCUUGACAGGCAGGGCCAGCAAAGGCAACAAGCUCCACUAUCCCAUCAUGGAGUACUACACACCGACCACAUCCAGUGAAAACAUGAGGGACUUUGCCACAACCUUAAAGAAUAAAUUCCGCUCAAAGCAGUAUUUCAGCAAACAUCCUCAGCGAGGUUACCUGCCUGUGCAGUCAGUGCUGGAGACUGACUGCAGUGAAAUACCGGCUUCUUCCCCGAUGUUGCCACACGCUGACACCCACUCUCGAAUUGAGCAUUUUGCCAGCAGGCUUGCUGAGAUGGAAAGUCAAAAUUGUUCCUUUUUUAAUGACAGCUUGUCCCCGGAUGACAGCAUAGACGAGGACCAGUACCUGUUGCGGCACUCCAGCCCCAUCACAGACAGGGAGCCAGCCUUUGGACAGCAGGCUCCAUGCAGCAUGGGGACAGAAAGCAAGGGCGAGCUAGAGAAGAUCUUGGCCCAUCUAGAAGAUGAGAACCGGAUUCUCCAGGGAGAGCUGAGGCGCCUGAAAUGGCAGCACGAAGAAGCGGCAGAGGCCCCCACCCUGACCGAGGGCUUCAAUGCGGGGACCCCAGACCACCGCAAUGAAGAGCUUCUGGCUGAAGCCAGGAUCCUGCGGCAGCACAAGAGCCGCCUGGAGACGCGCAUGCAGAUCCUUGAAGACCACAACAAGCAGUUAGAGUCUCAGCUGCAGCGCCUGAGGGAGCUGCUCCUGCAGCCACCUACUGAGUCAGACGGCAAUGGUUCUGCAAGCUCAUCCCUAGCUUCCUCUCCACACCAGUCAGAAGGGAGUCAUCCCCGGGAGAAGGGUCAGACUACUCCAGACACCGAGGCAGCAGAUGAUGUGGGGUCAAAGAGUCAGGAUGUCAGCCUAUGCUUAGAAGACAUCAUGGAGAAGCUCCGUCACGCCUUCCCCAGUGUGCGAAGCUCUGAUGUGACGGCGAACACCCUGCUGGCCUCUUGAUGGACUCAGAUCCUGCUCCUGUAGUCCUUUUCCUUUCCUGCUUCCUGUCAAAGCCUUCCCUCAACCUUUGCCCAACCUUUCCACCACCCACUGGCCCCACAGUCCUCAACCAGAGAUAUUUGGACCUGGGGCAGCAGCAGGGGAUGUGAUGGUAUGUGAGAUGUGCUGGGGAUGGGGGAGGACAGGUGGGCUUCCUCUAGAGAGGUUCCCAUUGAUCCUUAAGAUUGAGCCUGUCCCUACGUUAUCCUGCUGUUGCAGCCCAGGCAAAGGCAAAUCACACUUGUCAUCCAGAUGAGGAGCAGAGAAUUACCUUGCAGAGCUAAGCAGUGCCCACUGGCCCCUUUCUGUCCUCCAUGGAAUCAUGGAGAGGAAAGCAUAAUGGCCCGAGGGUGUCUGCAUUAUGGACCCCCGGAGGGGUUAGGCCUACUCUCUGGCCCACUUGAAAGAGGCAAAUGGGUAUCCCUGAGACACCCGUCCAAAGUGCCCCUUAGGGAAGUCUGGGCAGUGUAUGUCCUACUACUUCAGCUACAGAGCAUAGUUUUCACCUUCAGAAUUCUACCUGCAUGGUUCUUACUCAACCAUGUGACUUCCUCCUGACACAGUACCUAUCAGAUCUUCUCUGACGGGGGAACAAUUCACCGUGGCUGUGCUUCCACCCUGUUUUGGGGACCAUUAAAGACAUACUUGUGGGUUUCCUAGUCCCUACUCCCAAUCCUCCUGUUUCCUGAAGACCUUGGCAUCCCAAGAGACUCCUUGAGAUGCUCUCGUACCCAUAUGACGCCACUCUUUGGUCUUCUGAGUCUGUCCUCACAGAUCUGGGGCAGGAGUGGCAGCCUCUUCAACAAGGAUGCCUUUCUCUCUCUCUCUCUCUCUCUCUCUCUCUCUCUCUCUCUCUCUCUCUCUCUCUCUCUCUCUCUCUCUCCUUGGGUAAGAGGAAAAGAACCCCUCUAUCCUAGGGGAAUGUGAGCCUGCACUCUCCAAGCUAUAACCAUUCGAGAGCAUAGGCUGGAUUAGGUGAGGUGGCUGAUUGCCCCCAGCUGCUCACUGCAAAGUUCCAACCUGAAUAGUGGUCCCUGCCUAGAAGCCACUAGACUUGAAACUGAAAACUGGCCACAUUCCACCCAGAUAGCAGCAAGGUCUUCCUGUGCAUAAAACUGUUGCUAACUCUGAAAUGUGAACCCAGUCCUCAAAAUGAACUAACUUUUCCUAGACUGUAUAUACCGUGAUUCCUUUGUCCAGCAACCGUUCCAAAUAGAGU